AUGUGGAUAUAUGUUUUUUUUUUUCAGGCACGAAGCCUUUCUGAUUUCUAUGAAGCCUGCAAAGGAUUGGAACUUGCGAGGAAUUUUCAGUUUCCUGUUCUAAGAGAGCCUCCACAAUCUUUUCUGACAACAAUGGAGGAGUAUAUUAAAGAAGCACCACGGGUUGUUGAUGUCCCAGCCGAACCACUGCUUCUAACGUAUAGGCCGGAUGAUGGACUGACUGCCGAAGAUACUGAACCGUCACAUGAAGAACGUGAAAUGUUACCUUUAGAUGAUGUGGUUGUUGUAUCUGAAGAGACAGAACCUUCUCCCCCGCCUCCUCCUUCAGCCAGCACUCAGAACUUCAUUGAUACUGAUGAUCUACUGGGUCUGAACAGUGCUGCUCCUGAUGCAUCUGUGAUCGAAGACCAAAAUGCACUUGCGUUAGCCAUUAUUUCAACUGAUGCUAAUCCUUCAACGCCUUGUUUUGGUCAAGCAAUUGAUUACGAUCCUACAGGAUGGGAGCUUGCCUUGGUGACAGCACCCAGCAGUGAUAUCUUUGCAGCCACCGAGAGGAAAUUGUUGAAGGAUGUUUCGAUUUUACUGCGCCGGGAACAUGCUUCAACAGUUCGCUUCUCUAACACUAAUCGAGCUCCUCUGAACAGAGAAGAUACCGUUAAUGCCCUUCUUGGCUUUUCUCCACUGGAGAGGAUUUCCAAAUGUAUCACCAGCACUGUACCAGUGUCCAGUUUUUCAACUGCGACAACUAAUCUAAGCAGUGCAAUGGGAAGGCCAAUGUUUGGAAAAGAUUUUUCAUGGUUCAGUCUCAUUCUCUUACUAUGUGGCCUUAGCUGCCUGCUUGUAUAG